ACCAGUUCCUAUAUUACUCACUACUUUUUAUAUUUUGGCUUGAUGCCCAUUGUACUAGCACGUUUCUUAGGGGAGGUUUGACUUCACGGGUUAAUGCACAUUGUAGUAUCUGCAAUAUAAACUUGCACGUGUUAUCAUAGUGAUGCAGAAUACAGGUGAAAUUUGAAAAUGUUUUUACAGACAGUUUGCUACUUUCUGUCUCUUUCCACAAGUCUUUUCAAUCUGAGAAAUCUGUUGGAGGCUAGUAUUGGGCCAUGCUCGAAGACGGUUAGUGAGCUGAGCAGCAGAUGCAUAAAGCCCAUCAGGGCACACAUGAGGGUGACUGAAGAGCAGUUGGAGUAUGGUUAGUCCAGAGAAGUGUGUGCAGUGAACCUGUGAGCCCCAAACCACAGACAUGGACCCUUUCUCUGAGAUUGCCUUCCCAGAUGAUGAAGGCCUUACAAUGAAAAGUACAGAGCCUGCUCAAGAUCCUGACACAUACAUCUACACCAAGUUCUUCAUGAACCACUGCUGCUAUGACGCCAUACCAACCAGCUCUAAACUGGUCAUCUUUGAUACGACACUACAGGUGAAGAAGGCAUUCUUUGCAUUAGUCGCUAAUGGAGUUCGAGCUGCACCGUUAUGGGACAACAAGCAACAGUGUUUUGUAGGGAUGCUUACCAUCACAGAUUUCAUUAACAUACUUCACCGAUAUUACAAAUCACCAAUGGUUCAGAUAUAUGAAUUAGAAGAGCAUAAGAUUGAAACCUGGCGAGGUGGUUGUGUACAGUUUUAUUCGUACAGCUUAUAUUUAGACACUUAUUUUCAGUUUCACCAAUGUUUAAGCUCCUGUAUCUUUUAUCUUGUUUCAGAGGUUUACCUUCAGUACUCCAUCAGCACUCUGAUCAGCAUCACCCCUGAAUCCAGCCUCUUUGAUGCUGUUUACUCCUUACUGAAGAACAAGAUUCACAGACUGCCUGUUAUUGAUCCGGAAUCCGGAAAUGUUCUGCACAUACUGACUCACAAACGCAUCCUGAAAUUUCUGCACAUCUUUGGUUCCAUGAUCCCAAAGCCUCGAUUCUUACAGAAGCGAAUUCAGGAUGUUGAAAUUGGAACCUUCAAGAGGAUUGCCACAGUCCAGGAGACUGCAACGGUUUAUGAGGCGUUAUCAGUAUUUGUUGAACGCAGAGUAUCAGCCCUGCCUGUUGUGAAUGAACAAGGAAAGGUGGUGGCCCUUUACUCCCGUUUUGAUGUCAUUAACCUGGCUGCUCAGAAAAAUUACAAUAACCUGAAUAUGACAAUGCGAGAAGCCAUUGAGGGCCGCUCAUGCUGCAUUGAGGGAGUGCUGAAGUGUUAUCCACAUGAAACCCUGGAGACCAUCAUUGAUCGCAUAGCUGUAGCAGAGGUUCAUCGUCUAGUUCUGGUGAAUGAACAGGAUAUGGUGAGGGGAAUCAUCUCGCUGUCUGAUUUGCUGCAGGCAUUGGUCUUAACACCUGUAGGUAUUGAUGCUCUUUUCUCUUAGCAACUGUAGAGGAGUGGUCUCACCAUCACAGUCCUUCCCUGACCCAGGUAUGAGUUUGCACUUCUCCCUGUACUUUGCAGCAAACUCUGGUGCUUCUUGUCUACUGUGCUUGUAAAUAUUUCAUCCCACUAUCUGGACAACUUUAGCCUAUUGUUGGAUCAUGGGGAUCUAAACUGGUGGCCUGGAAUGAUUACUACUGUAUCAGAGACCACUUUGCUGGACAAGGUUGCUCUGUCCCGAUAAAGUAUAUGAGUAUGCGUGCUCCAAUAUACAAACAAACAAGUGUUGCCAGGCAAAACAAACCUCGGCUAGCCUUUCCGGUAACCUUGACCUUCACUUUGACCUGAUUAUCCCCAAAAUUUAGUCAGGUAAUCUACGGCCCACCUAUCCUGAAAAUUUGAAGUCAGUCGGUGCAACCGUUAACAGACAGACACACAAACAAACCACACUGAUUACAAUACCUCGCCCCGCUUACUCUGUCAUGGGCGAGGUAAAUAUUAUUUUUUGUAGCCAAGACACGGUGUGAGUUAGGAAUCUGAUCCCUCACAAUACAGCAUCUGGGCAGUGAUCUGUGGUUGUCUUCAUACUACAUAUACCCAGGUCUCACAAGAUCUUUCACAACCAAAGACUAUGAAUUUCAAAUCUAUAUCAGAUUUAAAAAAAAAAAAAGUCCAGCUGUUCAUCUAAUAUAAGACAAAUUAUGCCAUUCUAUUUUCCAAGGAAUUCUUGCAAAACAGAUUUUAAGGAAAAAGAAAUCAGUCCUGGAUGAAGAGUUUAUGACUUAGUACACCCUAACAGGUAAAUUGGAAAUCUUUUGUUAUCUCAAUCCUGAGCUUGGGAUGCUGUCCAUGCGUGUUCUCCCCGUGUCCGUGUGGGUUUCCUUCGGGUUCUCCAGUUUCCUCCCGCCUCCCCAAAAACGUCAUAAAUUGGCCCUCAGCAUAAAUGUGAUUGCAUGGGGCUUACACUGGACUGGCAUCCCAUCCAGGGUGUAUUCCUGUCUCACCCAAUUUUUCCAGGAUGGGCUCAGAAUCCACUGCGACCCUGACCAGGAUAAAAUGGUUUCCAUUGUCCCUUUCUAUCCACACCAACAGUGUUUUCAAACUCCGAAAACUGAAUCCAUUCUCCAAAGUGAAUAAAUAAAAAAAUGCAGUUUUUGUGUUUUGUAAUGUGGAUAAGUGAAAAUGUACAUGGCAAAGAUGAUGAUUCCAAGAUGGUGGAAUUUACUGCAAUGUAUUUUCUGCAUUAUGUAUUUUAAUGUCAUGUUUAACUGCUUUGUAUACAAAUAUACAAGCAAUGCAGUUUUGUGAAUCAAAGCAUGUUUUAUGUUGAUGUUUUUUUUAAAAAAAAAGCAAAAUGGUGAAAUUAAGAUGAAGGAAAUGACAUACAAAUCAUGGGUGAAAGUAUAUGUGUUUGUAUGUGUAACAGUUGUAAGUGCAUAUAUCACAAACAAUGAAGCAUAAAUAAUUGUAUUUUUACUUGUGUAUAGUUUUUGUUCAUAAAUGUUGAAGAAAAAAGUGGAUUUUUAUGAAAGGUUUGGAUAAAUAUAUAGAACAUGUGCAUUUUAGUAGUGCAAUGACAACCCACCACCUGCAUAAAUUAUUUGCAUAAUUUUGAGUGCGCUAUGUAUUAGAUUCUCUACCGUACAUGCAUAUUGUGUCGCAUCAAAAGCAGUUUCAGCA